AUGAAGGCAUCAUUGCUUUGCAGCGCAACGCUUUUCUCUUUGGCGACGUUUGCCUUCCCGGCCAACUUGCUCAGCAAUGACAUUAGCGAUGACACGCUUGCGGACAUCGCUGUUUUGGCGGCAAAGAUAAAAAGAGCUGCCGAGGAGAGGCCUGAUGCCAGCAAUGUAAAACGUGGAUUCAAUGCUGAUGCUCAGCGCAUCAGCACCUCCGGUGACCACCAAUAUAUUGCACCAGGCCCAAAUGACCUCCGUGGACCUUGCCCUGGUUUGAACGCCAUGGCGAACCAUGGCUACAUCUCCCGCUCCGGCGUGAGUUCAAUCUUGGAAUUGACUACGGCGUCUAACGAAGUCUUCGGCAUGGGUCUCGACCUAUCCGGAUUCUUGUCAGUCUACGCUGCUGUUAUGGAUGGAGACGUUGCGUCGGUCUCGAUUGGCGGCGCGCCGAAGAGUGGAUUGUUAGGAGGAGUCACCUCCUCAAUUGGUCUUCUUGGAAAGCCACAAGGUCUGACUGGAUCCCACAACCGUUUCGAGUGCGAUGCAUCACCCACGCGAUCCGACGAGUACGUUACUGGAGACCCAGCGUCAGUCAACCUGUCCCAGUUCGAGGACCUCGUGGCCAUGCCUCUCGGCCCGAACGGUAUCGAUCUCUCAGUCAUAUUUCCAUUCCGAGUAGCGCGCAUCAAGGAAUCGAUCGCUACUAACGGACACUUUUUUGCUGGCCCUCUCACACAUCUUGCUGUCAACUCUGCAGCCUUCUACUUCACAUACCGCUUCUUUGCCAACCACAGUGCCGAGUACCCAGAGGGCUAUCUAGAUGUCAAUACACUCAAAUCAUUCGAGGGCAUUACCGGAGAACAAGGCAAUUACAAAUGGGCUUCAGGACAAGAGAGAAUUCCAGAGAACUGGUAUCGCCGCGCCAUCGGUGACGACUAUGGAAUCCUGGGACUUGACCUUGACGCUGUUGAUGCGAUCACGAAAUAUCCUGAACUGGUCCGAGUCGGUGGCAACACGGGACAGCCGAAUACUUUUGUGGGUGUUGAUGUCGACGAUUUGACAGGCAACGUCUUCAACGCGCAGACACUGCUCGAGGGAAACAACGCUAUGUGUCUUGCAUUCACCGCUGCUCAAGUAGCUUCUCCAGACAUUCUGAGGGGCCUGCUUGGAAAUAUCGUAAAGGCUGUUCAACACUUGACAGACGCUUUGAACCCGAUACUCCAGACACUUGGAUGUCCCGAGCUCGUGAAAUACGAUGCGACGCUAUUUGACAAAUUUCCUGGAGCUGGAAGUGGUCUCUACAUGAGAAUGUCUACAGAGGCUCACCUGGUAACAGUCCAUCUUUUGAUUCUCCACUUCCCAGCAGCAGCAACAACAGUGGCGGCGACGGCAACCCGCUCUCUACUACCCUUUGGUCUCCUUCAAGAACAUAAGAUGACAGCUCUACCCUGCUACGAUGGCACGUUCAGUUUCACCUCUUCAAGACUAUAUGAAAACAUCAAGCGUGUCUUCCCUACCUACAAUGAUACAGAUCCGAAAACUUGGCCAUGUGUUACUCUAUCAACGAUAGAGAAACAUCGUCCCUACCAGGGUUAUCCAGAUCUGCCGACAGGCGUAGCCUACCAACGAGAGGCGAUGAAGCGAUAUGAAGACUUGUACUCCCCGGAAGAUCGAACCAUCGCCGCUUCAGUGAAUGGCUCUCUCCAUCGGCGUUUUCCAUUCAACUACGACAAGUUCGACAAGCCGAAAGAGAAAGUCGGGAUGUCUGGAGCGGAGUAUCGGGCAUACAUGGAGAUUACUCUGGCUGCGCCGUCUACACCACGUAUCAUGCGCGAAGAAUGGGAGGAUGACAUCCCAGACAGCGCAAUAGAUUGCGACACUCCCCCAGAUUAUUGUGAACAACCGGAGAGCGCAUCCCCAACACUAGGCAUCAGAACCCUGAAGCGCGUUUUCUGUACAAAGAAGAAAUGCGUGGAGAUCAAACGAGGGGCUGACCGGCUGCGUGGAGAGCUCUUCGACAAAGAGUCUCAGCUUGUGAGCGCACAGGCAGAUCUCAAAGAGUACGAAGCAACCGAAGGCUUGCGUAGGAGGGCCAUACACGACGCCCAAUUUGAGCUGGAGAAGGAGAAACAACGCGCCGAUGUUGCCGAGAAGAACUGCAUGCUUCGCAUGGAAACCAAUCUCAGGCUACUCGGUCGCUUGAAUGAGUUGGAGAUGAAUGCGAAGGAAACGGAGGAGUUAGACAAGUAUUGUGUCCAGUUGGAAGCAGAAAUCGAGGCGUUGAAUAGCGGGCGAGCGACUAAGAAGCGAGGCCGAGAGCAACUCUCGCUAUCUGAGAUGGUGGGAGAAGGCUUUAACAUGCUACUCAAGCGGAUGCGAUCUGAAAGUACAAAGUGA